AUGGGAGGCUCCUACAUCAAGCAGUGCUGCAAGGGCUUCUGCAUCGACAUCCUCAAGAAGAUCGCCAGGAACGUCAAGUUCACCUACGACCUCUACCUGGUGACCAACGGCAAACACGGCAAGAAGAUCAACAACGUGUGGAACGGCAUGGUGGGAGAGGUGGUGUACAAGAAAGCCGUGAUGGCCGUCGGCUCCCUGACCAUCAACGAGGAGAGGUCGGAGGCCAUCGACUUCUCCGUGCCCUUCGUAGAAACCGGCAUCAGCGUGAUGGUGUCGCGUAGCAACGGCACCGUCUCCCCGUCCGCAUUCCUCGAGCCCUUCAGCGCCUCUGUUUGGGUGAUGAUGUUUGUGAUGCUGCUCAUCGUCACGGCCAUCGCUGUCUUCCUUUUUGAGUUUGUCUCCCCGCUGGGCUUCAACCGCAACUUGGCCCAAGGCAAAGACCCUCACGGUCCAUCCUUCACCAUCGGCAAGGCCGUCUGGCUGCUGUGGGGUCUGGUGUUCAACAACUCCGUUCCUGUCCAGAACCCCAAGGGCACCACCAGUAAGUUCAUCGUGUCGGUGUGGGCCUUCUUCGCCGUCAUCUUCCUGGCCUCGUACACCGCCAACCUGGCCGCCUUCAUGAUCCAGGAGGAGUUUGUGGACCAGGUCACCGGACUGUCUGACAAGAAGUUCCAGAGCCCCUACUCCUAUUCCCCGCCCUUCCGCUUCGGGACGGUCCCCAACGGCAGCACGGAGCGCAACAUCCGCAAGAACUACCCGGACAUGCACCAGUACAUGACCAAGUACCACCAGACGGGCGUGCAGGACGCGCUGGUCAGCCUCAAGACCGGCAAACUGGACGCCUUCAUCUACGACGCCGCCGUGCUCAACUACAUGGCGGGCCGCGACGACGGCUGCAAGCUGGUCACCAUCGGCAGCGGCUACAUCUUCGCCACCACGGGGUACGGCAUCGCGCUGCAGAAGGGGUCCUACUGGAAGCGUCUGGUGGACCUGGCCAUCCUCGGAAUCAUCGGAGACGGUGAGAUGGAGGAGCUGGAGGCCCAGUGGCUGACGGGCAUCUGCCACAACGAGAAGAACGAGGUGAUGUCCAGCCAGCUGGACGUAGACAACAUGGCGGGCGUCUUCUACAUGCUGGCCACCGCCAUGGGCCUGUCCAUCCUCACCUUCAUCUCCGAGCACCUCUUCUACUGGCGCCUGCGAUACUGCUUCACCGGCGUCUGCUCGGGCCGACCGGGCCUCCUCUUCACCAUCAGCAGGGGCAUCUGGAGCUGCAUCCACGGCGUUCACAUCGACAUGAAGAAGAAAUCCCCGGAGCUGGACUUCAGUCCUCAGGCCAACAUGCUGCACCUGCUCAAGUCGGCAAAGUCCAUGGCCUUGUCCUCGCCCAAACGCAACACGGUGGUGGUGCAGCCCAGCAUCAUGGACAUGAUGUCAGGCAAAGGUAACUCGCUCCAUCUGCCUCAAAAGGGUCCCGGUCUCUAUAGCAACGCCAGCGGUCCGCGGGGUUUCCUGUCCUUAACCGGGCGCCACAAGAACCUUCUGAACAACGCGGCGCCCUUCCCCGCCCACCCGAAAGGCCCCGCCCACCAGGCCAGCCCCAGCAAGCCGCAGCUGUCCAUCACCAACGACAACGGCAAGACCCACCUCGCCGGGCCCGCCGGCCCGCCGUCCAAGCCUCGUGCUCUGUGGAAGAAAAGCGUGGAGACGCUGAAGACCCAACCCGGCGCGGCGGCGGUGGCGGCGACGCCGGCGCCGGGUGCCGGCCUGAGCCCGACUGCGACGCUGGGGCCCGCAUCCAUGAAGAGCCAGCGCUACCUUCCCGAAGAGCCGCCGCACUCUGACAUCUCGGAGUGCUCCAGUCGGCCGCCGUCGCACAAAGAUUCCGACUCCAUGGCGCCGAGGGGCGGGUUCAAGCCCAUCAAUCAGCUGAGGAAGCGGGGAGGCGGAGGAGGAGGCGGAGCCUCCAAGAUCUACUCCAUCGACUCGGACCAGGCCAGCCUCCAGUCGGCGCCCCCGUACCAGCGAGACAGCCAGGGGGGCAGCGACGAGCUCACGUACCCCCCCGACCUGUUCCCCCCCGACAGCACGUACUCGCACAAAGCGGACACGCCCAUCCUGCAGCUGAGCGCCACCUUGCUGCACCACAGUCACAGCGCCGAGGCCGACCUGCACUCCAUGAAGGACAAGAAGUACAGCACCUACACGCACAGCAGCGGCAAGGACAAGUCGGGCGGCUCCUUCGAGGGGCCGGGUUUGGGGGCGGGCUCGCAGGGCGUCCGCCCGGGCCACUGUCGCUCCUGCCUGACCAAGCUGAGCGGCUACUCGGGCCUCUACACGGUGCGCUCCCCGCAGGCCCGCUGCGACGCCUGCGCCCACCUGGGCAACCUGUACGACAUCAGCGAGGACCACCUGCACUACUCGCACGGCGGCGACAUGUUCGCCCACUUCCUGCCCCAGAGCCAGCUGGGCCUGGUGGGCGAGGGGGACGACCUGGUCAGCCACUUCGAGCCGGGGCCGGGGCCGGCGUCGCCCUGA